AUGGAGUCGACUUCAAGCGGUCCAAUUAGGGGACGGGGUAAAAACAAGCGAGUGUGGACACCGAAGGAGGAUGCAAAAUUGAUUGAAUCCUUGGUUGAGUUAUGUGUUUCUGGGAAGAUGAAAUGUGAUAAUGGUUUUAGACCAGGCACGUUUGCACAAGUAGAAAGGUUAUUGGAGGACAAGCUGCCAGGUUGUGGAUUGAAAGCAAGUCCACAUAUUGAGUCUCGAGUGAAGACUUUAAAAAGGCAAUAUAAUGCUAUAACUGACAUGCUUUCACAUGGCAGCGGGUUCUCAUGGGAUGAAAAGAACAAGAUGAUCCAUUGUCAUAUAGAUGUAUAUGAACGAUGGGUGAAGGACCAUAGGGAUGCACAUGGAUUGAGACUUAAACCUUUCCCCCACUAUGAGGACUUGAAACAGAUCCUUGGGAAAGACCGUGUGUGUAAGAAAGAAGUUGUCUCACCGGCCGGUGUUAUGAAGGAGCUACACCAAGAGGAGGUCGCAAAUAAUGAUGUGGGUUUGGACAUUGUAGAGGCCGAUGUCUCAGUGGCUCAACCAUCCACAUCAGCAUCAUCUUCUAAAGAAGGGUCAGCGCAGUCUUGUAGGAAAAGGUCAAGGGAAUAUGCAGAUUUAGCUGAAGUAAUGGUGAGGACCUGUAAUGCAUUAGAAAGGCUCAUAUCUUGUAUUGCCCGUCAAGAAGAAAAGGAACAAAGAGGGGAUAAAGUGGUGGCUGAGUUGGUGAAGCUUCCGGGUCUUAGUAAGUUGGACAUAUUGAAAUUAAGUGAAGUGAUCAUCAGUGACCCAGUGAAAGUCACACUUUUUUUCAGCCUUGACGAGGAUCUCAAAAAGGAAUGGAUGAGGCAGCUUCUUCGCACAACAUAG